CGGCGAGGCAAGCGCUGCACGCAGCCCGGUUGCACCAAGGCGUCCCAGUCCAACGGUCUGUGCAAGGCCCACGGCGGUUGCCAGAGCGUCGGCUGCACCAAGAGUAGCCAGGCGAGAGGUUUCUGCCGCGCCCACGGUCGUGGCCCGCGAUGCGAGAAGGAGGGAUGCAGCAAGGACCCCGAGCGCGAAGGGUUCUGCGCCGACCACGGUGGCUUCCGCUUCUGCCAGUACUCGGACUGCACCAGGGAGGACCGCGGCGGAGGCUUCUGCACCAAGCAC